UGCAGAGACGAAGACAUUGACAAGGGGAUACCAUUUUUUUGGGAAGAGACACGAAAAGAUUUCAUUUCAAGAGACAAGAGAAAGUACGAAAGUCCUGUUCAUCUCACCAGGACGACCCAGAGGAGCGUGGAGACAAUGAGGAGGCCGAAGACCAUGCUUGUUUUUCUGUUGCUGAUAUGGACUUUAGCAGAGUUUGUCAGCUGUCAGGCCAUGAAGUCAAAACAUGUCAUAACAGUGAGAGAAACCUUUGCUGGAAUUGAAAUACACUGUCCUGAAAGUAUUACAAAACCGGAUGGUGAAAAUGCGUCGAGUCCUCUGGCAUUACCGUACGAAGAUGAGUUCACAGGAGAGUACUCAUGCAUGUUUAACAAGUCAACUCCAAAAGAAAAGAUUUAUGUGAAAUUUCGGACCUGUGAAAACUGCAUAGAUGUGGAUAUACUUGCAAUAGGAGUCAUUGUGGCAGUAGAUCUGGGAAUAACAUUCCUGAUAGGAAUUGCUGUCUAUUUCAUCAACUCCCGUGCUACCACCAGUUCAUCCACCACUGGCAAGAAGAGCUCUGAUAAACAGCACCUCAUCUCAAAUGAGAGCAGCAGCAGAGGCUCAAGUGACACUUAUCAGCGUCUGAGACCUCGUGAAAGAGAUGAGUAUGAUGUUGUUGCCAACAGAAAGUAGAAAGAUGCGAUGUGCUGUCUGUCCAAGUGGAACGUCAACUGGUGAGAAGAGCUCCCAGUACAACUACAACUGGGAGGUGGUGGUGGGGGGGGGUGUCAAAUGACUGUCUGUAGCCUAUAUAAAUAUACAUGUGCUUUCCUGUGUGUUCAGUUUCCUGGGUGAAAGUCAUCUGUGAAAAAGAUUUAAUGGUCUUAAAUAUAUGCCACCGCAGGACAAAGUCUCAUUACUCAUCACAGUGUUUUGUCUUUAGUAUGUCUACUAUUAAAUGAUGGAUGUUGCCAAAUGUUGAAAUUCUCCCUUGUAUUGAAUGUAGUGAUGCUGUCUGUGCACCCUGUACACUUGAUGCUUUGUAGCUGUGUAACGUGAAGUGAUCUGGACUAUAUUAUGUUGUUCUUUGUAAAUGGCUCUUAAGAACAUUAAAUUGAUUUAAUGUCACUA